AUGUCUCCUUACAUCACUGUACUGGGCUCGUCUCCUUUUCCCUUCAACAGGAUCCCCCCUGCUCCAGGCAUCCGGGCCCCUACCUUCCCACCACCUAGUCUCCCUCCAGACUUCAACCACCUUUACUCAGGUGAAAGAUUCAGAGACGACCCGAGGACUCCUGUGGGCUUGGAUCACUAUGUGGAUGAUCUCUUCAGCCCUGUGCUGCAUCAAGGCUCCAGGGUACCGGACAUGGAGAGUGGGGAGAGUCUGACUGGGCGCAUGAAAGGAGGUGGGAGGAUUGGACCCACACAGAGAGGAAUCUUUCCUUCUACAGGCCUCCCUGCAAUGAUGCAAGUACCAGCUUACCAGCCUAUGCCUGCAAUGGCAGGAAUGAUGCCAGCAUCCAUGCCCAUGAUGCCAGGGCUUGGUGGGAUGGCACCGAUGCCAGCCAUGGUUAUGCCCCAGGCGCAGCCUAUGGUUCCAGCAGUGGAUCCCAAUCAGUUAGCAGCACAACAGCAAGCCUUCAUCAACCAGCAAGCCAUGCUCAUGGCCCAGCAGAUGACCCUUCAAGCCAUGAGCAUGUCCCAACAACAGCAGCAGCAGCAGCUACGGCAGCGGCGGCAGCAGUCUCCUGAGAACUCGAGGCAGAGAGGCUCAACUCCACCACGAGCCCGAGCCCCUUCCCCCAAGCCCAGGGCAUCUCCCAGCACCCAAAAUGUUGCACAGCCACCAAAGUCUCCCGAAGCUCCAGCUCAGGCAGAAAAAACGACUUCUGCCUACACGGAAGACCAGUUCUCUGACAGUGAAGAUGAUGACAACCCUCGGGAGACUUUCCAGCAGAAGAAAGAGUAUUUCCAGAAGAUGGCUGAUUACUGUGGGAUCUUGUGGCACUAUAUGUAUCAGGAAUGUUGUAUGCCUAUUCAAGUGGCUGAAGUAAAGAUUGAGAGUUGCCAGUUUGGGGCAAUUUUGGACUUCUGA